AACUUCUUCAUAUGCAGCCCCAGCCCACUUUGUGUUCAAUUCAAAGUUCAUUAAUCUGAAGCACAGAGAGAGAAAGAGAGAGAGAUUGUGAUGGUGAUGGAUGGUUACAGAGAUGAAGUGGUGGUGUCAAAGCCACCAGCAGCAACAGCUUUGAGUAAUGAUGAAGAAAGGUGCGUUGACAACAGGAGUAACGGUUUUAGCUGCAGUUUCAGUGCUAUUAAGGAGAGGGAACUUCUCUGUGUCACCAGUGGGAACACUUGCUUGGGUUCUCAUCUUGUCAAGAAGCUCUUGUCUCGUGGUUACUUCAUAAGAGUCACCAUUCAAAACCAAGAGGAUUUUGAGGACAUGAAGGAGCUAAUAAAACAAGAAGAGAUGAAUCUACUAGAGAGUGUUGUAGUAGCAAAGAUGGGAGAUUUGGACAGUCUGUGUGAAGCUUUUAGAGGCUGCCAUGCUAUUUUUCACACCUCCUCCUUCACCGAUCCACAUGGUGUUGCCGGAUAUACGGAGCGAACGGCAUUUCUUGAGACCGAGGCAGCAAAGAAUGUAAUUGAAGCUUGUGCCAGGGCAGCAUAUGUGAAGAGAUGUAUCUUCACCUCUUCUCUCCUUGCUUCCAUCUGGAACAUCAACAAUGCAGACAGGAUUGUCGAUGAAAGUUGUUGGAGCAACGAGGCAUUCUGCAGAGAAAACAAGCUUUGGCUUGCUUUGGGUAAGACUACAGCAGAGAAGGCGGCUUGGAGGAAAUCGAGGGAAUUGAAGGUGAAGCUUAUUACCAUUUGCCCUGCCCUUCUCAUGGCACCAUCUUUCCCAAAUGCACACAUUGAAACCUCACUACCAUAUCUUAAAGGUGGCCAAGUGAUGCUACAAAGAAGCAUCCUAGCGACUCAAGAUGUAGGAAAGGCAGCAGAGGUACACAUUCAUGCGUAUGAAGCCAUGGAUUAUGGAGCCGGGGGGCGGUAUCUAUGCUUUGACAGAGUAGUACAGAGAUUGGAUGAGGCUAUUCAACUUGAAAAUUGGUUGAAGAUGAAAGGUUUAUUGUCUGGAGGAGGAAAUGUGAUGUCAGUGGAAGAUGAUGAUGAAACGCCAAGCAGGAUUAAUAAUUCAAGGGUUGCUAAAUUAGUGUUUUGUGCUUCUCAGCGGUUAUCUUGUAAACAAUGACACCCCUAUUGCACAGCAUGAUGGAAGGGAUGCCUAUCUCAUACUAACUUGAGAGAGAGAGAGAGAGAGAGAGAGAGAGAGAACAACAUUGUCAAUAGGGUCCUAAAUGUUGUAGCAGUUGUUGUAGGCAGUUGUGGUACUAAGUUUCAUGAUUUUGCAGUAAGAGCUGCAGAGAGCAUUUGAAUCUUUUCACUUGUUUUAAUUCAAAUGUAUUGCUUGGAUUGGAUUGGGAUUUUUUUAUUUUUUGUGAACUAGAUUGGAUUUGGUUGAGGCCUAAAAACAUUGUUUGAGAACAUUUU